CAACCUCAUUCUAGUUUCGUUUCAAUGAGUUUCUUUUUAUCUCAAAUAUUUAUAAAUCUCGUUACACUAUUAUAAAUAUUCUUCACCAUUUGGAAGUGUUAAUUAGUUUUGGUAGAAUGAGUUUCUUCUCUGAGGCUACUUCGCGACCGAUAUUUCCUAGCAUGAAUGUGAAUGAAGAUUUGGAGAAUAAGGUUGAUUCGGUUGAGAAUAUUUCAUCGAGUUCGAUUGUGAGGAAGAAGUCGGAUAUUGUUUUGGUGACGAAUAAUGGUCGGUUUCAGAUAGUUAGAAAUGUGAUGAGAAAUGUGAAAGAGGUGAUGUUGGGGACUAAGCUUGUUGUGCUUUUUCCGGCGGUUCCUUUGGCUGUUGCUGCGGAUUUUUAUAGCCUUGGAAGGCCUUGGAUUUUUGCUUUGAGCUUACUUGGACUUGCUCCCCUAGCUGAACGUGUCAGCUUCCUCACUGAGCAAAUCGCAUAUUUCACUGGCCCAACAGUUGGAGGUCUUCUAAAUGCAACUUGUGGCAAUGCAACUGAGAUGAUCAUAGCAAUAUUUGCACUUCACCAGAACAAAAUCCAUGUUGUCAAAUUCUCCUUGCUUGGUUCCAUUCUCUCAAACCUUCUCUUGGUUCUAGGAAGCUCACUCCUUUGUGGUGGCUUAGCAAAUCUCAAAAAGGAACAAAGAUAUGACAGAAAACAAGCUGAUGUGAACUCAUUGCUUUUGUUGCUGGGAUUUCUAUGCCAUUUGCUGCCAUUAAUGUUCAAAUAUGCGUUGGCGGGAGGAAAUCAUUCUAUCGCCAAUUGUACUCUUCAAUUGUCGAGAGCAAGUAGCAUUGUUAUGCUUAUAGCAUAUGUUGCUUAUAUCUUCUUCCAAUUGAAAACUCAUCGAAAAAUAUUCGAUGCACAAGAGGUGGAAGAUGAAGAGGAUGAAGAGAAAGCAGUGAUUGGAUUUUGGAGUGCAUUCAGUUGGUUGGUGGGUAUGACAUUGGUCAUAUCUGUUCUUUCUGAGUAUGUUGUGGGAACCAUUGAGGCUGCUUCGGAUUCUUGGGGUAUUUCUGUGAGCUUUAUUAGCAUAAUUUUGCUACCAAUUGUUGGGAAUGCCGCGGAACAUGCUGGAUCAGUCAUAUUUGCUUUCAAGAACAAAUUGGAUAUAUCAUUAGGUGUUGCUAUGGGAUCUGCUACUCAAAUUUCUAUGUUUGUGGUUCCAUUUAGUGUGAUUGUUGCGUGGAUAAUGGGUAUACGAAUGGAUCUAGACUUCAAUCUUCUUGAAACUGGAUGUCUUGGUUUCGCAAUUAUUGUUACAGCCUUCACUUUGCAGGAUGGAACUUCACACUAUAUGAAAGGAGUCAUUCUUACUUUCUGUUACUUUAUCAUUUCUGCAUGUUUUUUUGUUCUCAAAGCUCCACAAAUCAAUCAAUAUGGUAUAAUCGGUUUCGGAGCAAACACCCCUGUGAAGCCAUCUCCAAUUGAAUGACUCUGUUUCCAUGGUGAUUAAAACAACCUGACCCUACACAUGACUGAAAUUCUUCACUUCAGAUACCAAGUCGGAUUUCUGCUUGUGGAACAUGAGGCUGUGAAAAUCAAACAUAAGUCCGAAGUAGAUAUUUCAAUGCUUGUGCUCUUUCUCGAUAAUAAGGCGUAACAAUGUCUUUUUGGAUAUUGCUCUAUAUAUAGUUAUCAUUAUCAAUGGACUUAAUUCAUGUAUACCCCAAUUCCAUGUUCCAGUGUUUAGCAUUACAAGUAUUUUCUAUUGUGUCAGAUGUUUAAUUAAAUAAAAGAAUUUCAAUAAAGGAUGAAAAAUUAUGGA